AGAGGCACAGUCCAAAUUCCAUCAUUCUCUAGCCCCAAAUCCUAACUCCCAUCGUUGAAAAUGCAGCAGAGAUCUUUGAGUUUGUUCCGAGCAACUGACGAUCAUUGCAUAAUCAUCGGCCCUACACAAGAGCCGCAGGGAAGACGCUCUCCAUCAAGAAGAUCAACGGACGGUUUAGACGGCGGCGGUCUUCUUCCGGUUUCCGAUCCUCGCUCCGGCUUUAGGAAUCGGGAUCACGUUUCGCCCUACAGGUUGGCGGAGAGGUGGAUUCAUUUGAUUCCCUUGGCUCUGUUCCUCGUCGUCUUCAUUCUCUGGUGGUUCUCUUAUCCAGUGAAUUUGGAGAUCAAGGAUGAAGAAAUUACCGGAGUUUAUCCAUACGAGUUUCCGGAGCCGCCGAAGAAUUACAUUGAUCACGUCGAACUUGCCGUCUUAGGAGCUGCCGGAAUGCAGAUUGCUUCGAGUCCUCUGAAUCUAACCGGCAGAGGCGCUCGAGAUUUACAGAGCAUACCAUAAGAUCGUUUGAGAAAUGGCUUUUUUGUCGUCGGGAUUGAGCUUCGUUUUCUCCUGUCCGAAAUCCAAUAACAUUUCAGUGAAAUUGAGUAGUUAAUGAACUUGUUAAUUGAGAUUACAGACGCAUACAACUGUCCCCAUGAUGUAUUAGCAUCAGAUUUAGUCACACAUUAGAUUUUUUGCAUUUUAACUGCGGCUUUUUUUCCUUAUGUA